AUGCCAGUCGAAACUAUCGAUAGUUCAUCACAAGAUGAAGUUCCCGUUGGAUCAGACAAGGAAAGGGAAAAUCCUGUUCAGACAACGGUUCGCGCAUCCACUUGCCAUGCCUUGGAUGGGGACAAGCCGAAAUUCUCUCGCACGACGAAAGUGCUCGUCCUGGUAGCAGGAUCUUUUUGUGGCCUCAACUGCAGCGUUGGCACAUCAAUCCCAUCAGGUGCCUACGAGGCCAUAUCUGAGAACUUUUCGUUGACCAGCAAAAUGCAAGUCGCUCUACUCAACUCGCUCAAUAUGGUUGGUUUUAUCCUGGGACCGUUGCUUUUUGGUCCGUUGAGCGAAUUCAUCGGGCGCCGCCCUGUGAUGAUUCUGUCAUAUCUUGGCUUUUUCGUGUUUAUGUUAGCGUGUUCAGGUGCACCUAACUAUCCUGCUCUGUUGGCAUUCAGACUCCUGUCCGGCAUCAAUGCUGCAGCCCCUUUUUCCGUUGUUGGUGGGCUAUACUCGGACAUUAUGGACGAUCCUCAUAAACGAGGUCAAUCUAUUGCUGCUUUCAUGGUUCUUAAUACCUGGGGUGCUUUUGCUGCACCUCUGAUAUCAGGUUUUGCAUCGCGUCUCUCGUGGCGUUGGCCGUUCUGGGCUGCUUCAAUCAUGGCGGCCCCUGGAAUUCCACUGGUUUUAAUGUUACCAGAGACAUAUGCGCCGGUUCUUCGGAAGAAAACUCAUCAACUCAUCACGCAAGGCUGUGAUUCAGAGCAGGCGAUACUAACACAACCAAAGCCGUUUGACGCCCGAAAAAUAUUCCUACGACCUGCUAUCCUGAUUGCUAGCGAACCCAUUUUGCUUAUGUCGUCGAUUUAUCUUGCUCUUGCAUAUUCAAUUCUCUAUCUUCUUUUCCAAGUGUAUCCGAUCAUUUUCCAAGACAUGUAUAAUCUGUCCCCAAGCAUGGCGGGGUUAGCUUAUAUUCCUCUCAUCAUCGGCGCCGGAUUGGCAUUGCCAGUUUUCUUCUUGUACAGCAGUUGGUACCAUAAAUCAAGACACAAUGGGAAGCAAUGGGCCCAAUCCGAAGCUAAUCGCCGUCUACCCACCGCCUGUGCUGCAUCUCCUUGCAUGGUAAUUGGCAUGUUUUGGUUGGGAUGGAUCUCCCGAGUGGGUAAUUCGCCCAUUUUCGCCUCUGUCGGUGGCGUCUUCAUUGGAUUUGCCUUUCAAAUGAUAUUUAUGAUAACCUCUACUUAG